CGUAGGUCCGGGCCGAGGCUGUGCAUGAGCGAGCAAGCUUGCGUUGCGGGAGCUUGAAAGAAGACCGAGCAACGGGAUUUCGAUCCCGAAUUUAAUGCGCGGCGAUGGCGCUGCGACGCUGCUGUGGCGCUGGACGAUCGCCAGUGUAAGCUCGGUGGAAUUUCUCCCUUGUUGCGGCGCUUUUCCUUGUUUGCGUGGAUCUUUGCUCCUACGCUACCGAUAUUUGGGAUCCAAUUUCAGGAAUUGAGGCCGCGGGGAGGGAUCGGGGAAUGCGAGUAGGCGGUGGCGGUUUGAUCGCGAGAAUAUCCGCGGCGCCGCGUCCAAGAUCGAGAAAUCCGUGCUCCCGUGAGCUCGCGGUGCCGAAAUAUUUCGACGCUCGUGUGCGAUGAACAGUACGCGAAUCGGACAGCCAUAGUCCAAGUGAAAAUAUUCCUGUGGAAGAUAUGGAGGAGCGAAAGGACAAGGGGAAGUAUCCAGUGGUACCAGCCGACUACAAGUUGCUCGAAGAGAUCGGGCAGGGCGUGAGCGGAUUGGUGUUUCGGGCAUUUUGCGUGCCUCUUGGAGAAUAUGUCGCGGUGAAGCAGCUGGAUUUGGAGAAAUGCAGUGGGACUUUGGAUACCAUCCGAAAGGAAGCUCAGACAAUGAGCUUGAUCAACCAUUCCAAUGUCGUGAAGGCACACUGCUCGUUUGUGGUGUCUCAGCAUCUUUGGGUAGUCAUGCCGUAUAUGGGAGGUGGCUCGUGUCUUCACAUCAUGAAGGCAACAUCUCCCGAUGGAUUCGACGAGCCGGUUAUUGCGACAAUUCUUCGCGAUACGUUGAAAGCUUUGGAGUAUCUUCACCGACAGGGACACAUUCAUCGAGAUGUGAAGGCUGGGAAUAUCCUCAUACACGAGAACGGUGCCGUGAAGCUCGGUGAUUUUGGCGUCGCGGCUUUCAUGUUUGACAAUGGCGAUAGGCAAUGGUCGAGAAAAACUUUUGUGGGGACACCUUGCUGGAUGGCGCCGGAGGUCAUGGAGCAGAUCAAUGGUUACGAUUUUAAGGCUGACGUAUGGUCUUUCGGUAUAACUGCUCUAGAGCUUGCACACGGCCAUGCUCCGUUCUCGAAAUAUCCACCUCUGAAGGUUCUACUGAUGACUUUACAAAAUGCAGCUCCUGGAUUGACUUACGAGAGGGACAAGCGCUUUUCUAAGUCUUUCAAGGAGAUGAUUGCCAUGUGUUUGGUUAAGGACCCGACAAAAAGGCCAACAGCCGAAAAGCUUUUGAAGCAUUCUUUUUUCAAAUCGGCAAAGUCAAGCGACUAUAUAGUCCGUCACGUUCUGGACGGCCUUCCACCUCUCUGGGAACGUGUGAGGGAUGUGAAGCUGAAGGAUGCUGCACGACUUGCGGAAAAGAAAACGUCUACUUUCGAGGAGCAGGAAGAAAAAUCCCAGAACGCUUAUAAACGCGGAGUAAGUGGCUGGAAUUUUGACGUUGAGGAUCUCAAAGCACAGGCAGCAAUGUUGCAAGACGAUGAUUAUGCUCCUGUCAUCAAGAAAGAGGAGGAAGGAGUUCCCUCUAAAACUGUUUCUAGAGUAGCCUCGCCUCAUACGACAAUAUCCGCCGACGAUAAUCUUAUCUCUGAGACUAUCAAGGCCGAGAUACCUCUCGAUGGAGAAGAGUGCAUAGUUCGCAAGCCGCCAAAUGGAGCCAAGAUAAGAGGCCGGUUCAAUGUCUUCGUCGAUAACGUGGAGAUAGAUUCAUCAAACUGGUGUGAGAACGCAGAACAACUCAACGGCGAAGAAAGUGCGCUUGCGCACCACAAGGAGGAAAAGUUCGAAGAUAAAGAGCUUGAUGACUCGAAAAUCAUAAACGCAAAAGAUAUUUCAAUGGAUCACAACCGACAGUUAGAUUUUGAUGAUGCACUUACAGACAAGCCUUUGGAUGACGAGAGAACCAGAGAUCACAAGCUAACGAUGCGCCCCUCAGGAGAGGAGAACCCCUCUACUGUGCCAUCUAGCAAUGGAGUCGUUGACCAUCGACCUGCAAAUGGAUCAGCCAAGCCCCCACCUGGAAAAGAGGAUGAGAAGGUCAAAGGGCCCGUCGUCCAGAAGAAAGGACGGUUCUCCGUAACCUCGGCAGAUGUCAAUCUCAAGGACCUUAAGGAGAACAAGGAUGUGGAAAGGCUUGCCGCUCUUCCAAAUGUGAAAGUAAAAAGCAGUGUAAACUCUAUUGAGCAUUCGGAACUUCUCUCUCCCUCAAGUCUCCGAAGAACUUCGAGUGCCCAGAUGUACCAGCAAGUUUUUCCACAGUCAUCCGGUACAUCUCCAUCUCCAGCCACACCAUCUACUACUGGCUACACUCCCGUGUCGACUGCGGCAUUACUGCCACUGCUCCAGAAUCUUUUAAACCAAACGGCGAUGCAGCAGGACAUGAUUGUGAAUCUGAUGACCAUUGUAUGCAACCAUGGGACUGACUUAUCCGCUGGCGCGUCCAACCAGCGCUUGAGUCGGAGUGCGAGUGCGAGUGCAGUAGACCACGGGAGCGAUCACAACUGCUCGGACCGUGAACGUGACCUUCGCCAACAAGUCCUUGAACUGCAAGUGAGAGUGGGAGUGCUUGGUGACGAGCUGCAAAUGAUGAAGCUUCGCAAUGUCCAGCUGGAGAGACAGCUGAACGCGAUCUUCAACAAAGAAGAGGAGGAAAGAAUACGCAAAGAGGAAGCCGCGAAAGAAGACGGUUAAAAGGAAAUGCCUCCCUCUUCUGGUCUCUUUAUUUUUUCGCUUCGUUCUUUCGACAUUUUUUUCUGUUUACAUGUUUUGCAAGCCUAAGCUCACUGAGAAUGGAAAACCAGUGAACUUCUAGAGCUAGAAAUUGGAAAAGAAAACUAAGCCGCCUUACAAAGGGGUGUUA